AUGGAGGGGCGGCGUCUCGCGUCUUCUUCGGCGUCGUACGACAGCGCGGAGCUGCCUGCGAGCGGUUCCUCCUUCGACUUCGACGGGACCAACUCGGACAUCGCGCGUCAACUGUACUAUCGCGCCAAAGCUGGCGCCGCGGCCUCGCCGUUUGAGGGCUUCAACGUUCCAUCGAGUCUCCAGACUCGGCUCGAUGAGCUGCAGCUCGACUGGGAGAAGCUACCGGGCAUCGCUCAGCGCGCCCUGCUGUGGGAUUCCGGCUACGGAUUAACUCCGGACGACGAACCUGUGAAGAUUUGGACGCUGGGAGGGCAUUCCAUGGCGGACUUGGCCGUCCCAGUGGACGAGUUCCUGGGCGUGAACUGCACCGAACACGUGUGUCCAGAGCCCAAUGGUGGCACCAGUUUGAGCAACCAACAGUGCACUGGGGCGGACAUGCUCAAAGCUGCUAGGUGCGUCGUGGAGGACUUCGUUCAAACCGUCGAGAUUCAUCUGGCCAUGUGGGUGACUGGCGGCAAUCCGACGGUGGUCCCGACCCCGCGAAUCUACAAACACGCCUGGAACGACAGCCUCGACCACAACUCGUACGUCGUGUUCGCUAUUCAUAGCGUUGACCUGGACGCCGAGCCGGCGUGGAACGCGUGUGCUAGGGCUGACCAGAACGACGGCUACGGGUCGUUGGUGGUGCCGUGCCACAACACAGCCAACAUCUCCAACUUCAUCGACGACUCGAAGCAAGAAGUGCAGGGCAGCGCGUGGGUGUCGCGAUGGCUUCGGGAGGAUUACUCGGCGACUGCAGGGACGGCUUCCAGUGACCAAAGUAGCAGCAAGUUCAACUUCAUGCUCCUGGUACCGAUCGUGGCCGGAGUUGUUGUUGUUCUUGGCUUGGUCGGCCUGUGUGUGUUCCUCAAGCGCAGGCGACAAGCAAAGGCUGAGCAAGGUGCGCUACAGGAGUCUCCUGUGUGUCAAGGGCGCGGCUACUAUCGGGACUGCGCAGACGCCCAGCUCACCAAUGAAGACGACUCUACCAGAGGACGAUCUACAGCCCAGACCAUUGAAGACACGACGACGAGAGGAGGAGACAAGACGAUCAGGUUCAAGUCGAUCGGCGACAGAGAAGAUCUCAGCGCCGGGUCGAAUCUCACGCUGAAAAUUCUCCUCCACAGCGAGUUCUUGGUGGGAAAGCGCGUUCCCUACGACAGCAUUUUCUUCAAGCGAGCGCUGUCGAAAGGCGCCAACGGGGAGGUUUGGCUCUGCGAGUUCUACGAGCAGCAGAUUGCCGUGAAGCGCCUGCUGCAAAACACGACCCAUCUAGCGGACGAGGUUGAGGAGUUCGCCAAGGAGAUUGAGCUCAACGCCACCCUGGUUCAUCCGAACAUCGUGUCGUUUGUAGGCGUGGCGUGGAAUACGCUCAACAAUUUGUUCAUGGUGCUCGAGUUCUUCCCCUUGGGGGAUCUUCAGACGUAUUUGGCCAAGAACGGCGACUUAAUGUCGUGGGCCAGAGACAAAAUCCACAUCGCUGUCGGAGUCGCCCGCGCACUGGAGUAUCUUCACUCUCGGUCGCCUCCACUCAUCCACCGCGACCUCAAGUCAAAGAAUAUCAUGCUCACAAGGCUGUUGGAGGCCAAACUCAUCGACUUUGGCGUGAGUCGCGGACGCUUGGACAACACCAUGACCGCAGGAGUGGGCACGCCCUACUGGACCGCACCCGAGAUUCUGCAAGGCAGCCGGUACACCGAGCAAGCAGACAUUUACUCGUUCGGGGUCGUGCUGUCGGAGCUCGACACGACUAAACUCCCGUACCACGACGCGCUGACGUCGAACGGGAAAAAGCCCAAACCUGUUCAGAUCCUGGCGGACGUCAUGGCCGGGAUGCUGCGACCGAGUUUCUCGGAAGACUGUCCUAGACGCAUCCGUCGUAUCGGUGUGGCUUGCUGCCAGCAGGACCCAGCGAGACGUCCCAACGCUGCUCAAGUAGGCCGAAUGCUGGAAGGAGACGACUAA